UGAUGUGUCGGUGUCGUGCAUUAACAGUAAAACACCAAUGUUCAUGAAUUUGUGGUUUAAACGAGUUGCAAUAAUACGGGGGUGUGAGAAUUUCAGUCCAUUCAUUUUUUUUUCUUUUUUGACAAAAUAAAUGCGUAACGUUUUGAGGCAAAGUUGAGGAUAAGUUUGCGAGGUGUGCUGCGGGGAGUGCCGUGCUCUGCACAUAUUCCACUGGAAUAGGCUCAGAUACUUUGAGGAGGGGGAGCAUUCCCUCGGGAUACGCUCGUUGAUAAGUAGUUGUCGUUGGUUAUUCUGUCAUUUUUUUAAGUCCUCACUGAAAAAUUGAUAGAUAUUCGGAGAGUACCCCCUCCAGGCUUUCCUUCUCUCUUCCCUCACUUCAUCCCUCUGGCCACACUGUACCUCCCUUGAGUGCGAGCUUCAACGUCGACCUCUCUUUGUCGUGGUUUUUGCAUAGUUCAAUCAAAGAAUGCUGAGAAAGAAAGACUAAAAAGAUGGGAUGCAUUGUGGGCCGAGGCAUCGGUUCAGACGAUACGGGUCACCCUGGAUCAGGAUUCAUGGCGGCUAUCAGAAAGAAACUAGUAAUCGUGGGCGAUGGUGCCUGUGGUAAAACCUGCCUGCUCAUAGUAUUCAGCAAAGAUCAAUUCCCCGAAGUCUACGUUCCCACUGUGUUUGAGAAUUAUGUCGCUGACAUUGAAGUGGACAGCAAACAGGUUGAGUUGGCCCUCUGGGAUACAGCAGGACAAGAAGACUACGACAGACUGCGUCCACUAUCUUACCCGGACACCGAUGUCAUUCUCAUGUGUUUUUCGAUUGACAGUCCGGAUUCAUUAGAGAACAUUCCCGAGAAAUGGACACCCGAGGUGAAACACUUCUGUCCAAAUGUACCAAUUAUUCUCGUUGGAAACAAAAAGGAUUUGCGCAAUGACCCAGGCACCAUCAAGGAGCUUGGUAAAAUGAAGCAAGAGCCAGUUAAACCCGAGGAGGGUAGAGCCAUGGCUGAAAAAAUUAAUGCCUUCGCUUACCUCGAGUGCUCUGCCAAGAGCAAGGAGGGUGUACGGGAAGUAUUCGAAACAGCGACCAGAGCAGCACUCCAGGUAAAAAAGAAGAAAAAGGGCAGAUGUAGGUUGCUCUGAGUUUAUUAUGCGGAAUGGGCCCGACGCCGACCGGGUGAAUAAACAAACAUAAAAUCAUGGAAUUGCGGUACUAGCUAUUCAAAAAAAAAAUGAAGAGAAUAAUAAUAAUAAUAAUGAAAAUAAUCUACGGAAAGCUAGUCGUAAUGCCGGAGGCCCCCGAUGCAUAAGAAAAAAAUCAAGAAAACCUAUAACAUACUUUAUAUCUUAUCUUUAAUUACUUUACAUAAAUGAAAAAAAAAACGAUCAACAACUAGAAACAUGUAAAACGCGUCCAAUAACGGAUAUUAAAGAAUGAAAAAAGAGAAAAUAAAUCCGACAACUGAAUUUCAUACAGAUUAAGUGCACCAGCCAAUACCGUGAUCCGUGGUGAAUCGUUCCCUUCGCUUAACUAAAUAUAUAUACGUAUUUAUAUAUUCCUACCUAAAUACAUAUAUAUAUUCGGAUCCAUCGAGAGCGCGUGUAUGUUACAAUUGUAUGAGUGUUUAAAUUGCUUGUCUGUGUGAAGUAAAAAAAAAUACACAUCUGCCUGAUACUUUAAACAAAAACAAGAAAAAAAAAGCGCCUGUGUGCAUUGUAGCAAUUUUUUUGCAAAGACUAUAAUAAUUGUAUCUUUUUAAUAACGAUGGCGAUUAAACGAUGCUUCAUCCUCGAAAAUAUAGCAGUGAAAAGAUGGAUAAACCAAAAAAAUGAUGGAAUUUUUUUUUUCUAUUAAAUACCACAUGUGUUUUCCAAUUAUUUGCAAUCGAGAUGAAGAAUUCUCUAGUUAUUUUGAGAAUUUAACGUGGGACACCUCCAGUCUGGCUCUCAGUCUUUUUAUUAAUUUUCAUUUAUGUCUUAUUAUUUCUUCAUUUACGUGAAUUGUCAAUUUAUCCCUUGGGUCUGAUGAAAUGGCAUUAUUUUUCAUCGAGUACGACUCUGUGUUUUUUUACUAGAUAAAGUAUGAUUUAUCUUCCCUAAAAAUGACUAUCCAUGGAUAUUUUAAAACGUAAUACCAACAUUACAGUGAAAAAUUGAAUAAAAUUGAUGAUUUAAAAUAAAUAAAUUUUUCAACGUGAAUAGACUAUCUGGAUCGCCCUAUCGAUCUUCAAGAUACCAAGUAGGCUAAAUGUAUUAUUAUUAUUAUCAUUAUUAUUAUUAUUAUAAUUAUACUAUUGAUAUGUUAUAUUAUAUUAUUGUAAUACGAUGACACUAACAUUAAUGAAUUGUAAUAGCGGUUAUAUUCUAUUUAUGUACUCCGAUAAAACGAAGAAAAACAGCAAGAAUGCCUCCCACUUAUAUUAUGAUUAUUCUUCAAAGAACUGUGUGAGGUAAAUUUGUUCAUUAAAUUCAGAUUUUUUUUCUUUUUGGGAAUCGCACAUGAUUUUUGUAAGAGCCAGAGCGUGUCUAAGAUUGAUGAAAUUUUUCUUUCAGUUGAUGACACAGCUAGCUAAAGUAAUUGUCUACUUUCUCAUGUAAAUAGGGAAAUUUAACAAAUUGAUAUUUUUUCUUUCAUCA